CCGAAGCAGCGGGGAGAAUCGGGUCAAGCUUUACGCCGCUGCGCAGAUGCCUCUCACGGGCCGGACGUGACGUAGGAAGAGUUCCGGCUUCGGCCUUUGCCGCUGCCGCCGAUACUCCAGCCGCCGCCGCCGCCGCCGCCGUCCGGGCUUGUUAUUUCUAAAAUGGCGCCCCUAGACUUGGACAAGUAUGUGGAGAUAGCGCGGCUGUGCAAGUACCUACCGGAGAACGACCUGAAGCGGCUAUGUGACUAUGUUUGUGAUCUCCUCUUGGAAGAGUCAAAUGUCCAGCCAGUAUCAACACCAGUCACAGUGUGUGGAGACAUACACGGACAGUUUUAUGACCUUUGUGAACUAUUCAGAACUGGAGGUCAGGUUCCUGACACAAACUACAUAUUUAUGGGUGAUUUUGUAGACAGAGGUUACUAUAGUUUGGAGACCUUCACUUACCUUCUUGCACUAAAGGCUAAAUGGCCUGAUCGUAUUACACUUUUGCGAGGAAAUCAUGAGAGUAGACAGAUAACACAGGUGUAUGGAUUUUAUGAUGAGUGCCAAACCAAAUACGGAAAUGCUAAUGCCUGGAGAUAUUGUACCAAAGUUUUCGACAUGCUCACAGUAGCAGCUUUAAUAGAUGAGCAGAUUUUGUGUGUUCAUGGUGGUUUAUCUCCUGAUAUCAAAACACUGGAUCAAAUUCGAACCAUUGAACGGAAUCAGGAAAUUCCUCAUAAAGGAGCAUUUUGUGAUCUGGUCUGGUCAGAUCCUGAAGACGUGGAUACCUGGGCUAUCAGUCCUCGAGGAGCAGGUUGGCUUUUUGGCGCAAAGGUCACAAAUGAGUUUGUUCAUAUCAACAACUUAAAACUCAUCUGCAGAGCACACCAACUAGUGCAUGAAGGCUAUAAGUUUAUGUUUGAUGAGAAGCUGGUAACAGUAUGGUCCGCUCCUAAUUACUGCUAUCGUUGUGGAAAUAUUGCCUCGAUCAUGGUCUUCAAAGAUGUAAAUACAAGAGAACCAAAGUUAUUCCGGGCAGUUCCAGAUUCAGAACGUGUUAUUCCUCCCAGAACGACGACGCCGUAUUUCCUUUGAGGCCUUCGCCCAUCCUGCUGACCCAUUUUUUCUGCCCUCUUCUUACCCCAACUUUCGUGUAUUACCCUAUACAAUAUACUUUUUAUUGAGCACUUUGCUGCUGAAAUGCUGCCUCUUGCCUUUUUUUUUUUAAUUUUUAAAUUAUCUAAAUUUAUUGUUUGUUGUGGUGUCAAUAGCAAUGUUUUUCUGUCAGUUUUCUCCCCCAUCCCAUCCCUACCUUGGACUCAUCUGAGAAGACUUGAGAAAUGUCUUAAUACUCAUACUGCUGCAUGUAGCUCUUGCUUAUUUUCUGGUCUGGGGGAAACAAGAUGUGUUUCCUUUUUUAAAAAAGCCAAUUGACAGAACAGACUACACUGAAAUCCUUCCUUUUGUAUCAUUCAGCUUUUUGUUUUAGUUUGGUAAGUUUUAAGAAAUUUCAGCAGCAAAGUUGUUAUUCAGGGGGCACGACGGACUGCAGAUGCCUCGAGUUAUGUGUACUUGUCCCAGCUGUAAACUUCUUUGUCCUUUGUUGGAUGAUAUUUUAAAUGGAUAUAAAAUAAAUUGGUCUAAAGGGC